GAAUCUUGAAAAAUUUAGUUAUUAUCAAUUGUACUCUCUAUAUUAAAAGUUAUGGAAUUAUUAAAACGUAUAGUAUUUUUAGCAAUUAUUAUAGAAAUUGCAAGUGGUAUACCGGUGGAUAAAUGGCAUAAAUCGGAUGAUUUGCCAACAUUUUUUAUAAAUACGGAAAAUAAAUAUAACUGGCAUGAAGCUUGGAAUGAAUGUGCCUCGAGAAAUAUGUCUUUAGUGGCCGUUGAUACUAUUGAGAAACACCGAGCCUUAGAUGCUUUACUAAGAAAACAUUUUGCAAAACCUCCCAAUCUAUGGAUAGGUGGUAAUGAUUUAGGCGAAAAUGGUAAUUACAUAUGGUCCUCGACGGGCAAACAAUUCGAUUUCAGCAAUUGGAGUAAUGGUAAUCCCGAUAAUUACAAAGGCUUAGAGAAUUGUGCUCACAUUUGGGAUCAAACCGAUUUUGAGUGGAAUGAUGGUUCGUGUAAAUCAAAAAUUGGUUAUAUUUGUGAAGAGAAUCGUUUUGAGAUGGCUGCGCGCAAGGAUUUUGCAAUUAAAAAACAUUUAAUAGAUCAAUUAUUUGAAUUGUAAGAAAAGUGUAAAUAUGUAAUAAAAAAUUAAAAUAUUU